AUGCCUAGAUUCUCCGUCGCCUUCUCCAAGCGGAAGUCGGCCGCCGACGAACUGACGCCCCCUCCCGCUGCCCCGACGGAACAGCCGUCCUUUCGCGUCAUCGAGCGGAAUGACGUCUCAGCCGGCAGAUCCUUCGACGGCGGCGCGCGCAUGGCGAGGGCCUCCAGGGUCGUUGCUCCCCAGCCCAACCUGACGGACCUCGACGUCGAGGAGAACAUGUUUGCCGACCUCAAGGCCAAUCGUGGGAGUGGCGUUUCCAACACUACCAACGCCACGUCGACCGAUAACUCGUCUCGACACAGCAAUGCAUCCACCGCCCCCUCUUCGACCGAUUUGAGUGGCGGCGGGGGGCAGGACGAUGCCCGGCAACCGACCACCUCAUCAUCUCAAGAAUCCCCCAGUCGAGGAGGUUCCUCCAAGUCCAGCUUCCUGGACCGCGCGACCCGGACGUUUUCGUUUGGCGGGCAGAAGAAACACUCCAUCCCUCCGCCCCAAGACAACCGCGUCCCAGAUCUUCCUCCCAUCCUUACUCUUCAGAACAAUAACAACAACAACGGCGGCGAGAGCAGAUCGCGCGGCCUGACGGCUUCGACUGCCAGCACGGCCACACCGACCAACGCAGAGGAGGCGAACCUGGAUUUGGGCGGGGAUUUCGGAUCCAUGUUUACAACCUUUGACAAGAGAGCGAGCAUGGCGACGCUCAAGAAUGACGCCGCCGCAGAGCCGAGAUCUCUGACGGGGAUCCGGCAUGUGCACUCGGCUCCGCUGAGCCCAGACUAUGAGACGCCAGCCGAGCCGCUCCUUGGCCGGCGUGGUAGCCCGCCGCGGGAAGACGACUUGUCGCUGGCUGCGUACGACGUGCCGCCUCCCGUACCUCGCCAUCAGGCGGUCGGUUCCUUCAAAUACUCGGAUCGCCCGUCGGACAUUGCGGAAGAUGAAGACGCCAAACUCCUACAGGAGUCUUUCUCUGCAAUGAAGAUUUUGUCGGACCCCGGUGCCAAGUCGGGCCGAUCUCAAGCUCAUCGAUAUCGACGAGACGAGGACACGUUUUCUACGGUGCUCCCCAAGUCCAUUGCCUCGAAUUUCGCCGAGGACAACAUGUUCGAGGGCAGUUUGCCCCGGUUACCACGAGCCUCCCAUCGAUACGUGCCGCGAUCCUCCACCCCGUCCCAGCAGAACAAGGUUAUGACUCCUGCAGAGUUUGAAAGGUAUCGACAAGACAAGGAGCGCCAGGACACGGCGGAGACGGCGACGCAGGUGGCUACUCGUGACGACGAAGACGACAUCAAUUACGACGACGAUGAGGACGAGCAGGAGAAAUCAAAGCAGCAAAUGAUGAAGGUCACGGGAGAACCCGCCAGCCCUCCCGUCGCCCGCAACGGCCGCUCCGGACUGCCCCCGUCGUCGAGCGCACCCCAGCUCAGCCAGAUGAAGUCGCCCUCGCCGGAUCUUGCCGCCGGGGCGGAUGAUGAGGAUGAGGACGAAGACGUACCGCUGGGCAUCCUGCAGGCUCACGGGUUCCCAGCCAGAAACAGGCCGCCCACCAGACUGAGCCACGCGGGCUCCAUUUCGAAUCUACGAGCUCCGGCACUGGGGCCCCGGCCUGCCUCCAUGACGGCGUUCGCGAGACAUCUGCCCCAGGAUCCGUUCGUUGGGGCCAGCCUCGCUAGGCCGGCUCUGAGGGAGUCGCUCUCAUUCGGUGACGCAGGUCAGCUCUCUCUGCCGCAGCAGGGCCCGCUCCCGCCCGGUGGCCUCGUCGGCGUGAUUGCAAGCGAGGAGCGCUCGCGCGCCAUGCGUCGCGGAAGCCCGAGUGUCGACCACAAGAUGCCUCCCGGAUUGGGCAUGAACGGCCCGCAAGGCCUAGGCUUCGACGCCGCCGCCGGCAUGCCUCAGCACAUGGUGUAUGGGCCGGGCGGCAUGCCCAUGAUGCACCCAAUGCCAAUGCCGCCGCCAAUGCUCACGCCUGGCGAUCAGGCACAGAUUCAGAUGACGCAGCAAAUGCAGCAAUUUAUGCAAAUGCAAAUGCAUUUCAUGCAAAUGAUGGCUGGUAACCAGGGCGGCGGAGGCCAUCCGAUGCAGCCACCGAUGCAGCCACCUUACGGUGCCGGCCUUCCCGGCAAUCUUUCCAUGGCUGACCUGUCAUCCCGGCACUCCAUGACGGGUGAGCCGAUGGCGGAGCCUCUCCGGAUGGAACACGGGCGAACCAUGAGCAUGGUCCAACCCAGGUACGCUCCGUCCAUCGCGCCCUCUGAGCGAAGCAACAUCGGUCUGCCAGGGCGUUACAGACCUGUGUCUCACGCCCCGUCGUCGCCCGCACUCGGCCACAAUCGGGCGAGCACCAUGUCGGGAGGUCUCUCCAACUGGAGCGACGACAAGAGCAAGUCGACGGUCAAGAUCGUGGACAAGGCCGGCGAAGGCUCCGACGAAGAUGACGAGCAAGGUUGGGCGGCCAUGAAGGCCAAGAGAGAAAAGAAGAGAUCCAUGUGGAGGAGCAGGAAAAGCUUUGGCAGCGAGUUGGCGCUGUGA